CUGUCGGUCGGCUUCGGCGGACCACCGAUCAUCGAGGGCAUCGACCUCGACGUCCGGGCCGGCCAGUUCGCCAGCCUCAUCGGUCCGUCCGGCUCCGGCAAGACCAGCAUCCUGCGGGUCGCGACCGGCCUCCUCGAGCCGUUGCGGGGCACGGUCGAGCUCGGCGUCUCGCGUUGCAGGACGUCGGCUUCCUGUUUCCAGGACGACGCGCUCCUGCCGUGGCGCACGGCGCGGCAGAACGUGGCCCUCGGGCUGCGCAUCAGGGACCUGCCGCCGGCCGAGGCCGACGCCCGCGCCGACCACUGGCUGUCGAAGCUGGGGCUCGCCGGCUACGGCGACCGCUUUCCCGGCCAGCUCUCCGGCGGCCAGCGCAGCGGGUGGCCAUCGCCCAGGUGCUGGCCCUGCGCCCGAAGCUGCUGCUGCAUGGACGAGCCGUUCGCCGCCCUCGACGCCAUCGUCCGCACCCGCAUCACCCAGGAGCUGCUGGACUGGGUGGAACGCGAGCACCUCACGGUCCUGCUCGUCACCCACGACCUCGAAGAGGCGAUCAGCGCCUCGGACACCGUCGCCGUCCUCGGCCACGGCCCGCGGGCGACGAUGCGGGCGCGGCACGCCGUCGACAUUCCGAGGCCGCGCGACGUCCUCGAGGCGCGGCGGCACCCCGCCUUCGGACCCCUGCUGCGCACCCUGUGGGACGACCUGACGGAGGAGGCCGCUUCCUCCCCCGCCACGGCCGACGGGGCGGCCCGAUGA